GCUUCCACAUUUCUGUCUCUUUGUGUUGCAGGCUUUUGAAAUUUCAGGAUGCGUAACGGCGAACUCUCAGACUUCGAUUGUAACUUCAAUAUUCAGCCCACUGAGACCUGCUUCGUGGAUGAGGUGCAUUGCUUGCGUGUAGAAGACUUCACAUGGCAUGGCAGUUGCAUGCCCAAACAUGUCCCCGAGGAGAGUAAAUUGAUGCAGGACACAAGUGUUGCGAAUUCCAACGUAGUUGACUGGCCGGGUCCGCAUGACUUUCGCGUAGCAUUCCAAGAUCAAGAAGAAAUUAAGAAAAACAUGACAUGGACUUUCUCAGAGCAGCUGCGCAAGUUGUAUGUAUCCUUGUCCGUGGCCUGUCCUGUUCACUUCGACACAGAAACUUGUCCUCCAGAAGGUUCGACCAUAUGCGUUGUGCCUGUUUACAAGGACUACAAUCACAGACUUGAUGCUGUCCGUUGUUGCCCUUCACACUCGAGGAGGAAUGCAGAGAACGAACUCUCACUUGAACACUGGAUCACAUGUGACAACCGCAGUACUCAGUACUUCGAAGAUUCUGCGAACCAGAAUCGCCUUUGUCUCACGGUGCCCUUCGAAGAUUCUGCACCGCAUGAUAAUCUGAAAGUUACCUAUAGGUUCCGAUUCAUGUGCCGCAACACCUGCUAUGGGGGACCCAACCGACGGUCAACCCAGGUCAUCUUCAUCCUAAGAUCACCUGAUGGAACAGAUCUGGGACGCAGUGUCGUCGAGGUUAAGGUCUGUGCCUCACCUGGCCGCGACCGCAAGCGAGAAGAAGAGCACGCUUUGCGUGACGCGAAACUGGAGCACCCUGAACCACCGACUCCUGGAACCUCUACUGGAAAUAGUGGGGCUACGAAGAGGAAGUAUACACUGCACACAAACAGCAAGUCUGUUUAUAAAAUGUUGCUUAAACUGAAUGCAGGGUGUGACCUCCAAGUUGGGGAAAAAAGGAUGAGAAAUGCUAGAAGCAUCGGGGAGAUGCUAAAAAUAUCCUCCUCAGAGUCGUCCUCUGAAUAACGGGAUGCCAGUAUUUUGAUAGCCUGCUUGCACUUGCUGGCAUCUGUUGGCAGGCUGUCCGGCUCAUGCAUAUUCUUUUUGGUGUGUGCUUGCACAUUUUUCAGUCUUUUAGCGCGCUUUUUGGUCCCAAGCCCAAUGUUACCUGAGCAGCCAAUGUGCCUUUUGCUAUGGGAGUAGUAAGUGUUUCAUUGGGCAGCAGCAAAUUAAAUCAACGGUACAGCUUUUAUCUUAUCUUUUUUGCCCUAGGGAAAGUGGGCAGAAAGUAGUGUUGCAUGGUCCUCCGUUAGAUUGUUUAUCACGUCACAUUGCCAGCUGUGAGCUAUUAUGCUAACCAUGCAGCAGCAAGAAAGGUUAUUCAUCACUGUUGUCAAGGUCAUAAUUGAUGGAGUUGUUGUCCAACACAAAGAGACAGAACUUUUUUUUUCUUCACUCAUCUUGCACUUGGUUAUUUUGGUGGUAUCUGCAUACAAACGAGACAGUCAUGUGCUUUUGUGUAUCACAAGUUAGAACUUCUACACCUAAAGCUCGCCUGUUUAUGCCGUGUAAUUCUUCGAAUCGCACCAGUUUUAGAUGAUGACAUACUAUUGCCAUUCUAUUGCCAUUUAACGACAUAUAGCAUUCCUGCUUGGUGUAUAUUUGUCUGUGUUGACGAUGGAAAUGGAAAAAUGCCGUUCUCGCACAUUUUUGUAUUCUUGCAUUGCUCCCCCAGAGCUGUUCUGUCAUUCUGGGGUGGUAUUGGUCGCAUGAAAGCGAGUCUAGGAGGUGCAUAAUGAGAGUUGUUGGACUGAUUUAGGCUGAUUUAAACUAGAACAUGCGCUUGUUCUAGUAUACUGUCCAUUUUAUGUAGUACCUUAUUCUGAUCAACUAAUGUUGACAUUUUCCCACACCAGGACAUGUAAUUUUAGCUUUUUUCCCUCUUUUCUAUUUAAAUAUACAUUUAUAAAUUCUAUAGCAUGUAGCAAGUAUGGCUAGCUUCGUGAGUGUCUUGGGCCUUUUUUUGUGUGUGUCUUUUAUCAUUACAUAUGUGCAAAGUGCAUUCACAAUAAUGGAGUUUUCUUUCACGUAGUAUACUAUUUGUUUCAGCAUUUUUGUCACUUUUCGUUUCCUAUGCAAUAGUUCUGCUAGUGAGCAUAAUAAAUGUGUUACCUUCAAUGCUGCAUGAAUCGGUUGUUUUGGAUUUGGAUGUCAUGUUCAGUUUUACUACCCCACUUUGAAUUAACGUAUCUACUCAGCCAUGAGGAAUGAAAAUUGCUUGAACUUUGAAUUGUGACAAUGUUGUGAUUGGCCGGUGUUCAGUGCAACUGGGCAGGAACUGAUUUUAGUGUGAUCUUCACUUCUAAAGUGGAAUCCUGGAAUGUUUCAUGCUGGUUUCCAAAAGUGCCUUUUCAUUGUUACAUUGUAAGUACUGGCGCAUUCUGACGAGUACAUUAUUCUGUUUAACUAUCAGCUGCACAUGUUGAUACACAGCACAAAUUGUUUAUCUAAGAACAUUGUUAUGCCAUUGUUGCUACAUACUGUGGUAUGUUUAAUAAAAGGAAUGCAAGAGUGAAAAA